AUGUCCUCAACCAACAACAUCGCCUUCACCGCCCCGAUCAACCCACCAGGCGCGACACCUGUUCUCACCUCCGAGCAAAUCUGGAACGGCCUCCUCCUGAAGGUCCGUUCCGCAGAGACGUUUGUUCCAGGAGCCAUCCAAUCCACCAAAGUCAUCAGUGACUCCGUCGACCCAUCAACCGGCAAUCCCGUCACGGUUCGCGAAGUCCUCUUCCGGGAGACCCAGAAGACAGUUCAAGAGACCGUUACAGCUUUCGAGCCUGCUCGGGUAGACUUUGUGCAGCCCUGUGGAAGCAAGAUUAGCAAUGUAAUAAGUCAAGGAGGUGAUGGAGAGCUCUACAUGACGUACAUAUUCGAAUGGAGACACCCCGGUGUCUCGAAGGUGGAGCUAGCGGCGCUGCUCGAGAAGGAGAAGAAGAUGAGCCAGAUGGCGGUCGAGGGGACAAUCAAAGUGUUGCGGCAAUUGGUCGAGGAGGAGAAGCUUUGA